CAACGAUGUCCUAGUUGUACACUUUUUGUCCGCCUAAUGGAUCAGCUGGAUAGGAUUGAUGAACUUCCGAGUGUACACGAUGUAUUUAAGCUUAACUAUGAGGUUUACCGAAACGUUUCAUUGGACGUUCUGAAUUAUAAAGAGUUUUGUCAGUAUGGACUGGCAGAUAGCAUAACGAAAGUUCAAGAAUGGUGUAUUCAUCUGCAAUGCAUGAGUCCUUUUGAUCCAUGUGCUCCAAUAAGCGAUGUAGAGUUCAAAAGAAGGCAGGUGGAGCUAAUUGACGAAGUAGUGCCAAGGAGUUUUAAUACUAAUCUAUCAACAAAUGAGUCUAUGCUAAAUAUUUCAUCAAUUUCAACUUACAAUUAUAUGCAAGAGAUUGGAAACAAUAUAACAGGAUGUUAUGAUGAUUAUAUCUGUGAUAAACAAUACAAUAGUUAUGCUAAUCAUUGUAUUCUGGGAGUUGUCUGUUUCACUCUAUGCCUGUGUGGAAUUAUCAGUAAUUUAAUUCUCUUGCCAGCGUAUAACUUUGGAUUGAAUCGUUCUGGUGCCACUGUCUACUUGAGUGCAAUGGUGUUAUUUGAUUGUAUUUAUAUGAUAUUCACUUUGUUAUUAUUUGUUGUUCAUUAUAUGCCAUCAUCAUUUAUUCAACAAAUGGAAAUGUAUGGACAAUUUUCUGGAUAUUUAAUCCCAUUCGGUUUACCAAUCUUACAGAUAUGUGAACUGUUAGUAGUGUGGUUAACCAUAGCAUUACUAGUCAAUCGUUUGCUUUAUUUAAAUUUGGGACCACAUUCUAAAGCUUUAUGCUCACAAUUCGAAUCAGUAAAAAUUAUAACAGCAAUAUUCCUCCUAUGCAUUACUUACAUGGGAUGCAAAUUUUUUGAAUAUACAUAUGUGGAAUACUCAGAGAAGAAAGUGGUACGUGUUUUGUUUACGAAACUCGGUAAAAUGGAGAUGUUUCGAGAUAUAAUGGAUAAUUGGUUAAAAGUGCCACUUGAAAUGUUUCUACCCUAUUUGGCUUGUGGAUUAUUAAUCACAAUUAUCGUUUUACGUAUGGUCAAUUUGCAUACAUCAAAAUGGAAAGCUGUAGCAAGUCUAUGCAAUGAUACUGCCUGUGCUUGUGUCUGUCGUUCUGGUGUCUGUGGUAAUGAAUGUCGUGAAGGUGUAAAAUCAGAUAAUGUAUCCAAAACAUGGUCAUCAAUAUCUGAUAAUAAUGAUGAAUUAAUUACUCAUAACAAUAAGCGCCUGGAUGAAUCUGAAAAGACAAUGACUACAAAACAACACAGUCCCUAUGAUAAUAGUCGUAAAUCACCAAAUAAUCUAACCAAUUUAGACCCAAUUGAACAAGAAUUAGCCUAUUUAUUCUUUCAACUGCCUCAGGUAGAUGAAACACGUGAGAACGCUAAUGUUAUAACAGCAGUUUGUAUUGGUUUGAUCUUAUUGAUUUGUAAAGUCCCUAAAUUUCUUCUACAUGUUAUCUCCACUGAAAAUUACAUCACUUAUGAUCCAGAGGUGUUCAGAAUGAUUAAUCAAUUAUUGGAUACAAUGUUUGCAGCUUGUAAACCAAUGGUUUGUAUACUAGUUGGUGCACAUUAUCGUCAAGCUUUAACCACACCGCCAAAAUGUUGUCCUACCACUGGUGACAUGAUUACGCGCACAACAAGAACAAAGACAACCAGCACUACUCCUGGUGAAGGAGAUGGAUUGAUGAUCAAAGACAACAAUAAAAAGUGUGAUGAAACAUUAUUAGGCAGACAACAAAUGAUUGAACAAUCCAUCAUUAUUAAACAGCCUGAAAGAUUGUUGAACCCAUUGAUUGCUGAAAACAAAGACGGCGAUGUUGAUCAUAGUACUACCAAGGAUUAGAAUGUAUCUAAUAAGGAGGGUGAUUCGGUAUCAUACUUAUGAUUUCAGUAUAUACGAUUGAUAUCAUACUUCAAAUUAAAUUAGUUUUCUCUCUCCCUGAAUCUUACUUAUACUACUUAAAACAGCUUACCUUUAUUGUUAUUUAUUUAUUAAUGUUGAUCUAGUCGCAUAAUUCAUAUGCAUUGAGUGUUGUAUUUAAUUGUUGUUUUACUGCCUUCAUUAUGUGUUUUGUUUUAGUGCAUUUAACGUUUUGUUGUGUUUUUAAAUUUAUUCCUUUGUCGUACUAAUUCCAUUAUUUCACAUUAAUGUAUAAACAGUGAUCAUUGACUGCUAUCAUUUUCAUAACAUUUAGUCCCUGUUUUCAUUUAACUUAAAAGAGAAUACUACAGAUUAAAAGAGUAUUUAAAGAGAA